GGCGAUCUAAUAGCUGCUGUGUUUGACUUCGCUCACAACCUGUGUGCGCUGAGACUGACUGAACAGCAGAUGGCAGUUUUCACUGCGCUCGUCCUCCUCAAUGCAGAUCGACCGUGUCUGGAGGACAGAGAACGAGUGCAGAGAGUCCGGAGAGAUGUGGAGCUUGCCCUUAGUCACAUUCUGCACAGAGACAAUCAAGAGAGUCUACUGCUUAAGCUGUAUCAAAGAGUCCCAGUGCUGAAGUCUCUGUGCGCGCUGCAUAUUGAGAAACUGCAAUGGUUCCGGCAGCUUUACCCUCUCACGGUGCAUUCCCUCUUCCCUCCUCUAUACAAAGAGCUGUUCGGCUCUGACACAGAUAUACAGACGCUGACCACUCAUUAAACACACAGGCGCAUUUCAUUUGCAGACGAAGACACCACACACACAACACACACACACUCGCAGUUACAUAUAAUGUAUGCAAUCUAGAUCUAAAUAUAUUAUUUACCUGCUGAAGAAAUGAAAUAUAUUUUUGUAACUCUCAGAAGAACAGAAAAUAAUAUUAAAAGAGGCAUGCGGUAUUUUGUGCAAAUUCUAUUGUAUAGGCCAAAAGCUAAAUAUUACUACAAAUGCUAUUCAGUUUGUGUACUUGGAUGUGUUUUAAUGUUUUUGAAGAUGUUGAUGAUCCUAGCUGGCGUAAAGGAGCUUUAGCUGUGAUUUCAUAGAGCUGAUCGGUUUUGAGACCGGCAAAAAGUAGAUUAUAAAUGAUAUUUGCAGAUCUUAAAGCGUCGUGGAAGAAGGAACUGGUACUGCGGAUGAUUUUGAGUCCCUCUUCUGUCCUCUUUCUUGAUUUCUCAGGCAGUACAGACAGAGACAUGAAUGCUUAGUGACUUCUGUUACUCAUAGCCUGUUACAUUAGUGCAUUAAUUUAAAUAUGUUCUAUUUUGACACCUCGCGUAUCAGCUUUUUUUUUGUACUCCCCUGCUGUUAAAGCUCGUCUUGGCACUUAUAAUGCUUAUCUUUCAUCGUGUCCUUGAAUUCAGCAUUCCCUUCAAACAGACCAUCUUAAGAUGGAUUUUCUCUGUGCAGAAGAAUUAUCACACAGAUUCGACAAUAUUUAUGCAUAAAGGUCUAAAAAUGUAUAGAAUACUUCUGUGGAAUACAAUAUUAUUCAAUAUGCUUGCGUAGACACUUAGAUCGACAACAGUUUUAUUUUGUCUUAAUUUGUGGAAAUCUAUAAACAAAUGUUCAAAUGUUUAUUUGCAGGAGUACGUGUGCUUUAUAAAUCAAAAGCCUCUGUGCAUUUUCCCUACCUGUUCUAGUUUUUGGUUUUUUAUUUUUGACGCAGUUCCAUGUUGUAUUUUGCGUCGACUUUAACUUAUCGCUAAGACCGAGGACGAAACCCUGUUAUUCUUUUGGUUUUGUUCCGUUUUGGAGCAUAAAUACCUGUUACCUAUCUGUUGUUGUUGCUUUGCAGAAAAGGCCUCAAAUAAACAUCUGAAAAGUA